CGGCUCCACCACGCACUAACCCUAAAGCUUCCCCGCGUUGCCGGCGAUGAGCAGCCUUCGAGCCAUCUCCUCCCUCCUCCAUAUCUACUCCACGUCCGCCGCCGCCAGACGAGGAGCCGGGCGGCUGGGCUUCGCGCCGUCGCCCGGCGGGAGAUUCCGGGUACCGUCGAAUUCCGGUCCGCCCGCGUUCGUGUUGGACGAGGUCGCGAGGGCGGCCGGCGGGGUUCGGAGGAGGGCGUCCACGCGCGCGGCGAGUUGGGACUCGGAGAAAUCGCCGUACGAGACGCUUGGUACGAUCCUAUGCGCUCUGUAGUUUGUGCGAGAACUAUACUAUGCAUCUGUUUUUUCGUGUGUCAAUCCUGGUGAUCAACUUGUAUGAUGCUGAUCAGCUUACUAUCGAAUUAUUUGAUCCGUUACACAAGUUUGAUCAUUUGCUGUUGCCAUGCUUCUAUAUGUUUCAGUUCCAUCACCGAAAAAAAAUGAUUCAGUUCUAAGUUGAGCUUAAUAGUACCAAGCUGCUGCACCAGCACCACUACUUUGUAGUUUCAGAUGCACUGUGUGUUACGGACUUGGAAUUGAAGAUGAAGCUAAUGUGUGUUCUUUGUGUCUCAUGCGCUUCAAAGAGCUGGGUAGGGAUGCAGACGAGGAGACCAUAAAGACUGCCUACAGAAGAUUGGCCAAGUUCUAUCACCCUGAUGUUUAUGAUGGUAAGGGAACCCUUGAGGAAGGGGAAACCGCUGAAGCGCGUUUCAUUAAGAUCCAAGCAGCGUAUGAGCUGUUGAUUGAUGGUGAAAGGAGAAGAGCAUAUGAUAGAGAGCAUCAUGUGAAUCCGAUGAAGGCUUCUCAAGCAUGGAUGGAGUGGGUAAUGAAGAAGCGGAAAGCUUUUGACCAACGUGGUGACAUGGCUGUGGCUGCUUGGGCUGAGCAACAGCAACGCGAAAUGACGCUACGGGCACGGCGUCUCUCACGCUCAAAGGUUGACCCUGAGGAAGAAAGGAAGCUAUUUGCCAAGGAAAAGAAGGCAUCUAUGGAAUUCUACAGCACAACUCUGAAGAGACAUACCCUUGUGUUACGGAAGAGGGAUAUUAUGCGCAAGAAGGCAGAGGAGGAGAAGGAUAAGGAGAUCAGUAGACUCCUAGCGGCGGAAGGGCUUGAGUUGGAUACAGAUGAAGAUGAAAACAAGACUUUUCUGGGGUAACGCUUUUGAUACUUACCCUAAUUUAUUCUCUUCCUCCAUUCCAGCAAUCGUUCAAGAUGCAGCGACAACGAGUGCACAAGGCGAAACAGUUGGGCUCGUCGGAAACGCUGUAAUCUGGAGAUGUGCGCCAACAAAUAUUGGAUCGAAAUAAUAAUCUCCCGGGGCGAAGUUUAGCAUUUUACCGGAGAGCAGAAAGGAAAGGCAAAUGAAGGAUGUGUGAUGGCUGUAGUAGGGUUGCAAUAUGAUUCAAUCAAAAAAUUAGUAAAUUUCGCUGUAGUAGGGUUGUAAUAUGAUUCAACAAAAAAUGAGUAGAUUUCGGUGGCGGGCCUCGAUUUU